GUUUUAUAGCUUUCUAUAUGCUAGACCUUUUGUUACACAGUGUGUGUAUAUAUAUAUAUAUAUAUAUAUUAUAGACAGAGAGAAGUGUGUUUUCUUCUUUGAAUGAGCUAUUGUCGAGGUAUGUUUGCCCAUUGCAUGUAUAGACUGGUCACUGGUGUUCAUUGCUUUUCCAACUCUGUAACUUCUUUAACUAUGCUUAUCAGUGGUUGUAUUUACUAGUUGGCAAAGAGCCAUUAAGAGAUGGGCUUGUCAAUUAAUUAGUUCCUCUGGUUGUAUACCACUCUUUUUCCCCAAUCUUCUUUCUUUAUGUUUGGAUACAUUCAACCUCUUUGUUUCACGUCUUUCUCUUUCUCUAGAAUGGAGGGGUUUUUUUUUUUUUCCUUAUAAAAUGUUUAGAGGGUUAAGUUCUCUCAUUUUCACUUGCAGUUCACAAUAAUUGGGGUUUUGAUUAUUUUUUGCAUUAGUUCUAGAGCUGAAGUCUUGAUUUUUCGACAUUCCCUUCUGCUCAGUGACUCCAACAUCUCUUGUUCAUAUCAGUACAGAUUCCUAGUCCUGCAUUUUGAAUUAUAUAUUUAGUCUGUUCUUUUCCUGUUCAAAAUUAGGAAAACUAGAUUCUCAGCCUUGUACAUUUCUUCAUCAAGAUUCAAAUUUUCUCGCUGAAACACCACAUAGAUUGAUGAAUAUAUAGGUGUUUAUAACAAGUCCUUAAUUUGGCUCUAGUAUUUGGUUAAAUAUGGUUUCACAGGACUCAACCCCCAACCCAGCCUCAAAUAUUCUACACCAAUUCAUUAUCUCAGAUUCGAUUGCUAGUCGAAACCAAUUCGAAAACCAACAUUUUGAAGCUUACAGGAAUGAGCUAAGAGGCAGUAGUAGUGGUUUAUACCCUCCUCAGUCUCUUGGUGUUUUGCCCAGCAUUCAGUCUCUUGGUGAAAGAGUGUCUAGAUCAAUAGACCUUGUCCAUCAAACUCAGGAAUCUGAGAUGAACCAUAGUGGGCACUUAAUGGAUCUUCUUGGAGCAUCAAAUGAUCAGGCCAAUCACCAUGCUCAAAGGCUCUCACUGUCUCUUGAUUCUCCUCAUAUGCUUAUUCCGCCGUCGGUCCAAUAUAGGCAAAGAUCCUUGAAUUCAAAUCUCAUUAGCCCCAAUUACUUAUUUGGUGGAGAACAAGCAAGAGAAAAUGGCGAUUAUUCUUUUGCAAGUGACCCUUUUGCCGCCUCUUCAACCUCAGCAAAUCAAUCUUGUUCCACCUCUUAUGGAGCAGAAGCUUUUGCUAUUGCUGUUGGCAGUUCCAAAUAUUUAAAACCAGCUCAGUCCCUUCUGGAAGAAUCCGUUAAUGUCGGUGGCAAAGCCGUGGAUUUGAGUAAUGAAAAAUAUGUAAGGAGAUUAUCUUGUAGCAGCAGAAGAGGAUCUUUGGGACUUUGUUCUGAACUAAAAGCAGAGUUGUGCAAUAAUGGACUCUCAGCUGACAAACAUGAAUUCCAAGUUACAAUUGCAAAGCUUAUUGGCUUGUUGGAGGAGGUUGAGAGAAGCUAUGAGCAAUACCAUAAUCAUCUGGAAGAAGUGGUUGCAUCAUUUGAGGUGAUUGCAGGUCUAGGAGCUGGUAAAUCUUACACAGCUCUUGCACUUCAAGCCAUGUCCAGACAUUUUUGCAGCCUGAGAGAUGCAAUUAUAUCUCAAAUUAACGCGGCAAAAAGAAAAGCUGCACAAGAUUUGCCAAACAUCAGCACCGAUUUGUCACAACUUGGCUUGUUUGAUAGAGAUAAUAGGCAUAAUAGAUUGUUUUUUCAACAGAUUGGAAUGAGCCAAAGCCAGAGGCAGGCUUGGAGACCUAUCAGAGGGUUGCCAGAGACCUCUGUGGCAAUCCUUCGCGCUUGGCUUUUCGAACAUUUUCUCCACCCUUAUCCAAAUGACACCGAAAAGCUAAUGUUGGCAUCACAAACAGGCUUGACCAAGAACCAAGUUUCAAAUUGGUUCAUAAAUGCUCGCGUUCGGCUGUGGAAGCCAAUGAUUGAAGAAAUGUACAAAGAGGAAUUUGCAGACUCUUCCGCUGACUCGAAUCCAUUACUAGCAAGCUGUUCUUUCACAGGGGAAGGUAUCACAGAUGAUGCAGAGGAGUGAAAGGUAUAGGAAAGGCCUAAUUUAGUUGGUCACUAAUGCUUCUUAAGCUUAGGUUUUUUGUUUCCUUGUCUAUAAAUAUAUCAAGGAAAGGUUUUCAUGAUGUUAUUCAAAUUUCAGACAUAUAAGCUGAAAAUGAUGCUGAGUAAAAUUGUCUGAUCUUAGAAUCA